CCCAAACAGCACAAACUGGAGUGCCCAAAACAUCACAGAGGUUGUCGACAGCAUAGGAGUCAUACAUUCAGAUAGUAAAGUGAGUAACGACAGAAAAACAAAAGGAACUUUUCCCAAGUACCAAGAGACAUGCCUCCCAGUUCUAAUGGCAGUUCUGUGAAGAGGGGGUUCCAGGAGCCCCAGAUCACUGGGCAGACACAAGGAUCCCCUGGACCUCAGGGAAGAAGCCUCCCCGUUCAUGUAAAGACCUUCCUCAAGAACAAUGCUUUCGUAGGGAUCACUGUGACUGCAGUGGUUGUAGGAGUUGUGCUGGGUUUUGCUCUGCGCUCCAGUUUGACUUCCACACAAAUUCGAUAUUUCUCUUUUCCCGGGGAGAUGCUCAUGCGAAUGCUGCAGAUGCUUGUAAUGCCCCUCCUCGUGUCCAGUCUGGUCACAGGCAUUUCUUCACUAGACAGUAAGGCUACUGGCAGAAUGGGAGUGCAGGCUUUGCUUUACUACAUGGUGACCACAAUCAUAGCUGUGUUCACUGGUAUUGUUGUUGUUGUCCUCAUACAGCCUGGAAAAGGCACCAAGGACACAUUACCCCCUUCUAGUGGCCGCAUUGAGGUGGUGCAGACUCUAGAUGCAUUCCUGGACCUGGUCAGGAAUGUGUUCCCUUCAAACUUGGUGGAAGCCUGUUUCAAACAAUAUAAAACGGUCUAUAUCAAGAAGACGACAGCAAGUGUUGCAAACGUUCUUCAGGCAGAUGGAACACUGAGUUCUGGCACGAGUGGCGACCUUAUGGAUGGCAUGAUGCCCAAGGAUGGCUCUUCAAAUGGGGUCAAUGCUUUGGGUCUAGUGGUCUUCUCCAUCAGCUUCGGUCUGGUCCUAGGCAGUAUGAAAACACAAGGUCAGCCCUUGAGAGAUUUCUUCAACUGCCUAAAUGAAGUUAUCCUCCGUCUGGUUGGCAUCAUCAUCUGGUACGCUCCAGUGGGAAUCCUCUUCUUGAUCGCCGGGAAGAUCGUGGAAAUGGGGGACAUUGGGCAGAUAGGUGGGCAGCUGGCCAUGUACACUCUGUGUGUCAUCUCAGGUCUUCUGGUCCACAGCCUGUUGGUGCUGCCUUUGCUCUACUUCCUCGCCACACACAGGAACCCCUACGUGUUUAUUGGGGGUCUUCUCCAGGCUCUCCUCACUGCCCUGGGGACCUCAUCCAGCUCUGCCACCCUCCCCAUCACCUUCCGCUGCUUGGAGGAGAACAAUGGCAUGGACAAGAGGGUGACACGCUUCAUGCUGCCCGUGGGUGCCACUAUCAACAUGGAUGGCACAGCCCUCUAUGAGGCUGUGGCGGCCAUAUUCAUAGCCCAGGUCAACCACAUAGACCUGAACUUGGGCCAGAUCAUCACCAUUAGUAUCACGGCAACUGCUGCCAGCAUCGGGGCAGCAGGCAUCCCCCAGGCUGGCCUGGUAACCAUGGUGAUCGUGUUGACAUCUGCUGGACUGCCGACUGAAGACAUCACACUCAUCGUAGCUGUGGAUUGGUUUCUGGAUCGUUUGCGGACCACAACCAACGUGCUGGGGGACUCUCUGGGAGUGGGCAUUGUAGCGCACCUCUCCAGACACGAGCUGCAGAACACUACGUCCACAGAGGGGGACCCAGCCGUAGAGGGGGGAUCAGACACUGGAAACCCCCUCCACCCCAAACAGACUCACAGUGACACAUACAUUUACGUAAACACUCACACUGGGAAGGGGGAGAGCUCUGUGUGACAUGUGCAUGUCUGUAUGACAUCUAUUUUCACACAUUUGAUCUUUCUUUUUCUCUGUGGCUCUCUGUCUCUCUCAUCUUAUGCCUAGAGCCAUCUACUGCUCAAAAACCAUACAACAGAUAUGUACAGUCAGUGGUGAGUAGGCAGUAGUGGGGAUCUUUUCAAUUUACCAACAGCUCCAUCCGUCCUGUGCAGACCCUACCUCAUUUUAUAGCAGGCAAACAGAAAAUCUAUCUAGGUCUAGGGUAUAUGGUAUACCUGUGUAUCACAGACUACAUCACUUGGUACAAUGUUGUUUUCCUAACUGCUGAUCCAAUGUGAUCUAAAUGGGAAAGUAUAAUUAUAAAUGAAUAAAUGUGUGCAUAAAC